AUGUCAAAGGUUUUCGCCGCCUUGUUCAUCGCUUACGUGGCGCGCGCCCUGUGUAUCAGGACCGCGAAUAACUCACAGGCGCAGCGUUCUAGCGCCUUUGUGUUGCCUACCACAACUCCAUCAGCUUCAGAUAUCACUGCUAGGCGCCUGACGAGGCAAGGAGCCGAAGCGGUAUCCUCUUCUAACGAACCGCUCCCCUACACCAGCGGUUACUUCCCACCGGUAGCGCCGGGGGAUAUUAAGUACAUGGGCCAUGCUCUCGAUGGUGCCCUGAAGCCGGCCAACAACUAUGUCCUUAUCGUCAAGACAAACGCACACGAGUAUUCUGCUGGCGGUGUCUACAUUGGCUCUACGCCUAACAAGGAGUUUGCGGGCCGUAUCAUUGCAGUUGGCCCAGGAAAAGUGUCGCCUGAAACUGGAGCCGUCAUACCUAUGUCCGUCAAAGUUGGAGACAUAGUGCUCUACGAUCCUCCUGAGGAGAGAUCAGUGAUAACCUAUAAGAAACAAGAAUGUGUUCUUGUGACCGAGGAUCAAAUCUAUGCUCGUGUGGAAUGCGACUCAGGAGGUUCGCGACCACUCGCUGCUUCAGAUAUAAGGCCACUGUCAGACCGGAUAUUGGUGCGUGUAAUAGACAGUCCGAAGAAGACACAGAGCGGAUUGGUACUUGCUAAUUCUGACGAUGUGGCUGGGACCAUAUUCCGUGCAACCAUCGUCGCUGUGGGACCAGGAGCAUACACACCAGACGGUAAACUCAUCCCACUGGACAACUUCCAGCCUGGAGACACCGUUCUCUUUUCCGAUGCGGCUGCUGACGGUGGAGAGUUUAACCUCAAUAGAUCUCAGCACGCGUUCGUGCGCCGUAGCGCUGUCCUCGCUAAGGUGUAA